GGUGCUCCUGGGCCCCUCUCAGCAGAGCUGAAAGGCUUUAAUGCGUGGGUAACCGCAGCCCCUCGUUCCUCAGCAAUUGGAAGGCUUUGUGAAAAAUGUGAUGGCAAAUGUGUGAUCUGCGACUCCUAUGUGCGGCCCUGCACUCUCGUGCGCAUAUGUGAUGAGUGUAACUACGGCUCGUACCAAGGGCGCUGUGUGAUCUGCGGGGGUCCAGGAGUGUCUGAUGCCUACUACUGCAAGGAGUGUACCAUCCAGGAAAAAGAUAGAGAUGGUUGCCCUAAGAUCGUCAACCUGGGCAGUUCCAAGACAGAUCUCUUCUACGAAAGGAAAAAGUAUGGCUUCAAGAAGAGGUGAUCCUAUCCGUACGUGGCUAUACCUCCUGUCAGGUUGGCAAGAGGGUCUUGGAACAUCUCUGGACUUCUACUGUUAUUGAAAACCUGUUGUAUUUUUUUCUAAAGCAGUACAAAUUCAGUAGUAUACUUGGGGUUGGAGAAGUAAGAGAUUGAGUGGGGACUGAAACCUGAUCAGAACUGGCUAUCAGAAAGAGCAAAUGAGGAUUACUGUCUCUUGCCUUUUCAGAAGCAAUGCUAGUAGCUGCCCCAGCUUGCUAUAAAAACCCUGGUGGGCAAGUAUUUACACAUGGAGGAGACCAGCUCAGUAAAAAGCAAACGCCAUUUCUGGUGUGGGGAAACACCUUGCGGUUGUUCUUACCCAGCCUCCUCUCAAUUGUUUAAAGUCGCCCCACGCAUCAGUAUUGAGGAACAGAGUGCCAAUCCCAUGUGUCCGCUCCCUCCGCCUCCCUUCCUCCAGUAUAUUUCCAUGCUGCCCUGUUUUGUAAGGAACCUGCUCAUGGCUGGUGCCUUCCUAGGGAGAGCACAGCUGUUCCAUGUUUUCUUUGACAGAUUAGUCCAAGGCCCUUUCUUGUAACCGUUUCUGUAGGAUGCAUACCAAUAAAGCUUCCUCUUUUUGUUGGUUUUUUUUUUUUUUUUUUU